GUGUGUGUGUCUGGAAGUGGAAAUGGGCAGCAGGGAGGAGGAAUGUGAAACAUUUCUGAUGCUGGUCCAGCGACUGUUUACACGGUAGUCAGCCUGUGACAUCAGAGUCCAGACUUUAUAAAUGUCAGCAGGCGGAAGAAUGAGCAGUUAGCACACAGCUGCACUGGUCGCACCACACCACACCGUCACACAGGUUUUAUAGUGAGACAGACUGAGCUCCAUCAGCAACACCAGCCCUCAUGGACCGACUGCUGUGUGACUGUGUGAUAGCGCUGGCUGUACUGCUGUGUGUGGCCACACAGGUGUUGUGCCAGCUGUGUGACAGGCCCUGCCUUUGCCCCGGUCCUCCUCCUCAAUGCCCCUCAGGAGUCCCUCUGGUCUUGGACGGCUGCCGGUGCUGCCAGGUGUGCGCCCGCCAGCGAGGUGAUCCCUGCACUAAGAUGCUUCCCUGCGACAGCCAGAGAGGACUAGAGUGCGACUACAGCGCAAGCUUCCCCGGAGCCCCCGGAGAGUGUGUCAGUCAGGAGGAUCUGGGCUGCGAAGUCAACGGCAUCACUUAUCACGAGGGCCAAUCGUUCCAGCCCUCCUGCGACACUUACUGCCACUGCAGAGGCGGAGGGGUGACCUGUGUGCCGGCUUGCCCUCUGCUCGGUCGACUUCCCACUCCGGACUGUCCCAGACCGCAACUCAUCCGGCUGCCGGGGAAAUGCUGCAAGGAAUGGGUGUGUGAAAACCUGGAGAACACGGUCAUUCAGGAUGCCAUCACAGCCAUGAGACCCGCCAGGAUGUGGCCAGCUCUCCCGAUGGAUCACCCUCUCAACAAACUAGUCGCACCUGCCUCCACCUGUAUAGAGCAGAGCACCAAGUGGAGCGCCUGUUCGCAGAGUUGCGGCGCCGGGAUCUCCACGCGGGUUUCUAACCAGAACCCGGCAUGCAAGCUGCAAAUGGAAUCUCGACUUUGUAAAGUGCGGCCUUGCAGUGCAGUUCAGCCCGCUCCAAGGAAACCCAUGUGGGGACAGCAGGGUCACUGCAAGGCCAGCUACACGUCACCGGGUCCCAUCCGGCUCGUUCACCAGGGCUGCUACAGCACCCACGCCUACAAUCUCCGGUACUGCGGCCAGUGCACCGACUCCCGCUGCUGCACGCCUUUUCACACCACCACCGCCGAGGUGACCUUCCACUGCCCCACCGGCAGACUGCUACAGCGAGCGGUGAUGAUGAUCCACUCGUGCGUUUGUCAUAACAACUGCCCCUACUCACCUUACAGUAACCCUGCUCUGUGGGGCUUCAGGCCCUGAUCGGCCUGCAUGAGCACUGAUUCAUUCAGAACAGGAACUGACUCGCUGACUGAUUCUGAAAUCUCAUGUGGAUCCACAUCGGCAUCCUCUAAUCAAUGGACCUUUUUGAUAACUGUAGAUAAAAAACUGUGAUUUAGUUGGAUGUCCACACAUGUACAAUCUCAAGAUGCACUUAUUCACAACUUUAUACUGCUCCACCUUGGGAUUUUUGUCCAAGAAUCAAACGUAUUUGGUAAAUCAAGAGAGAGAGCAAGCAUUUAAUUUACAGUAUUUAGCACUUUUUAACUCUGAAGUUACAAAGGAAGGAAGAAGAACGGGGAAAGAGGCAAAGUAAAAGUUGGGUUUUCAGAUAAUCGUGCACUGAUUUGUCUUUUUCUCUUCAGAGUUUGACUGAAUUUUUCCACUUUUCUGGGAUCUGAUUCUUGUAAUGUUCCUUAGUUGGAGAAGUAUGAACUAGUCAUAUGGAUCUCAAAGGCUGGGAUAGGUUAGAAUAAUAAGAUUUUACACUGGGUUAAACAUUUUUUUUUGGUAAUUCUGCAUCACCAUAUCGGGCCAAGAUAAAGAAAUACAUCUAAUUCAAACAUCUAUGAACUAAACUAUGAAUUGAAGACAGUUGGCCAUGAUGUUGAUUUGGUCAUAAAGAGUUUUAAAGACGUACAGUGUUUACACUGCUAACCAGUAAGAGCAGAUUUUAGUGUCUUUGUUUGAUUUUAGCCACGGAAUGACACCAACCUUUGAGUUGACAGAUGCAGAGCAAUGCAACUUUUAUCUUGUACAGUUUCGUUUGUGUGUUUGUAGUCAGAUGACGUUGCACUUAUUUCUUCUGUUUUUGCUGUAAAUAAUUCUGGACAGAUGUUUCUUAUGUAUAGUGAAUGUUUCCAUAUUUUACACAUCAUGCAUUUGUACUCUGAAGUGUUUUUUUGAUUUGUAUUUUUUCGUAUUAUCUCAGAUUUAUAACAUCAUUUUGUACAUAAUGUGGCUUUUUCUGAUCUUUCCCUUCAUCAUUCAUCAAUAAUCUUUGUACGGUAUCUGUUUUUUCCUCUUGCUGAUGAGCUGUGUACACAACAAACCACAGAAGACAUUUUUGGUGUUUCGUAUGAAAAAUGAAGCCAAAUCAGUGACGAGUA